AUGCCAAGCCGAGACCGGAUCCGCACACACGUCUACGCGUGCCCACCGGCACCGCGCGCGUCCUCUUCGCUUCCGCGCCGCCCCCGCCAGCGGCCGCCUGAAGAAGACACCCGGCUGCGUGGCCGCCGCUCGGGCCCCAGCUGCGGCAGAGGUGUCGGGCCAGGCGGCGGAGCGCCCAGGGCUCGACGCCGGCCGGAAUCCCUGGCUGUGCGCGGGGGUGCGCGCCGCGGAGGCGAGAGGAGGAGGAGGAGGGCGAAGGCGAAGGCGAGAGCGGGCGGACGGGCUGCCGGGCUGCCAGAGAGGGAGGCUGUGUGUGGUCACGUUGUGCGCUACGUGCUGAGAGCGCGAGCUGCUAGCCGCAGCUGGGCGACGUCAAAGCCGGGUGCGCGGCUCUGCCGCCUGCCUCCGCGCCUCCUCUGCCUCCUCUGCUCCGCCUUCGCUCUGCCUGCCUGUGUCAGCCGAGGAGCUCAUCAGUAUGGACAGCGCCAAGAGGCUCCGCGAGGCCGGCGGCAUCCGGCCGCCAGCUUUCCCCGCCAAGGCCCUCCCCCGACUUCCUGGGAGCUCCGCGGCGGCGGACCACCGUUAUCAUGCCCGACGCCGCUGUUUGCGCUUGCACGCCGAAGGGCCGGCUGCCACCCUAGACCAGGAUGACAGAGGACUAGCAAUGCAGUGAGAAUUUCAAGACCAAGAUCUGAGUAAAGAGGAAAACCCAAUGCAGCAAGUCCAGCACUUGUAUCCACUUUUCCUGAAGAAUAAUUAGCAUAUUCCUGAAGAAGUGAGUGAGGAACUGAAAAGCUAAGCAAAAUUUUCAACAAACUCAAGGACCAAGAUGGGCAGAAUUUGUGAUUUAGAGCCACCAAAAAACAGAGUCUGAUAAAAUACCCUGUUUGAAUUGGAACCCCAAAGGACCACGAAUGAGGAGUAAGGAUGAAACUGAAAUAGACUAGCCCUCACUGAAUCACAGCUUUGAAUCAACUCCAGCACGUAUUGGAUUAAGGUGAUCUGGAAUUGCUGAUGCACAGGCUGCAUGCCAGAGACAACUAUAAAUUCUCUCUAGAGAAAGGCAAUAUCAUCUUAGGUCUCAAAUAAGUCCUACAAAGAUAUGAAGAAAUAAGACAAAGUGGUAAUUAUGGGCCAAAUUGUGUCCCUGCAGAUUCAUAUGUUGAAGCCCUAACCCCUGAUACCUCAGAAUUUAACUGUUUAUAGAUAGGAUCUGGUCUAUAAAUAGAUAAUUAGGGUACAAUGCAGUUGUAUGGAUAGGACCGAAUACAGUAUAGUUUAUGUCCUUCUGAAAAUGAAGAUUAAGACAUAAACACAUACAAAGGAAAAACAUGUGAAGAUGCCAGAGGAAGAUGGCCAUCCACACGCCAAGGAAAGAGGCUUCAGAAAGAACCAAACAUGCCAACACUUUGAUCUUGGACUUCUAGCCUGUAUGACUAUGAGAUAAUAUACUUCUGUUCUGUAAGCCAUCUAGCCUGUGAUACUUUCUUGGGACAGCCCUAGCUCACUUUCACAAUGGUCAAAGUCCAAGAGAAACAACAUAAAAUAGAAAUAUCUACAGUAUUUACAGGGAGUCUAGAUAAUAGAGAUUCAACCACUGACUUAAAAAAAUAAAAGAUUACACUUUGCAGAGCCUGGGUGACUCUACAACUGAAAUUUCUACAACUGAAAAAUUCAGAAACUGAUAUUGAGAACUCAAAGAUGAGUUUAAUAAUGUAUUUGAUACAGAUGAAGACAGAAUAUUGAAAUGAAUGAAAGUUCAAAAAAAUUCUAGAAUAGGGCAUGAAAAAGUAAAAAAGAUGGGAUAUAUAGAAGAAAUCAUAUGAAAUAAGUGAGUAAAAGAAAGAAGUUCUAUGCAAUAUUACUGGAUCCAAGGGGGAAAAAAGAAAUAUUAAAAGCUUGAUAUAAUAGCUGAGAACUUAAAAACCUGAUGAUGAUAUAAAAGUCUCAGGUUAAGAAGCAAGUGAAGAAAGUGUACCUACACAUAACAAGGUAAAUGUGCUAAAAACAAUAAGAAAAAAGACAAAGAAAGUAUAAAAACAUCCAGGGAAAAAAGACAAAUUACCCAAAAGAGUCACAAUAGGGUUGAAGCCAGAUUCCUUAAACAGAAGAACAAAACCAAAACCAUAUUGGAAUGAAAUAAUAUCUUCAAAGUAUUAAAAGAAGUUAAACAUUCUAUACACAGAGAAAAUAUUCUCCAAAAAUGAAGUGAAGAGGUUUUGGUAAUAGAAAAAAUGUUUAUUCUUACAAUAACAUAAAAUGCAAGAUAAAACUGCACUAAAAUGUCAUUUCUUAUCUAUCAGAAUACCAAACAUUGAAGUUUGACAUGUUACCUUAGCAAGGCUUAGGGAACAGGUACUAGCAUAUAGUACAAAAUCACUCAAAAACAUGGAGGGAAAUUAAGUAAUUUGGCAAAAAUACAUAUGCAUUUUUCCUAUAUCAAGAAAUUCUUCUUCUAGAAAUCUAUACUAAAUACAUACUGACAAAAUACAUAAAAAGACGUAUACGCAAGAAACUCUAUUGCAGUAAUAUUUAUAAUGGCAGAAGAAUAGAAUAAAACUACAUAUCCACUAACAGGGGCUGUGUGAAUAAACUAUGGUGUGAUAUUUAGCUGGGGAUAGUUUCAAGUUAAGUGUUGAAAAUAUGGCCUAGUUUAUUCUAGCUGCUUAUAGUAAAAUUUGAGAGAAAGACAUAAAUUGAGAAAAGAAUUGUUAAAUAAGUAAAACCUAGAAGUGAUAAUUUGAAAAAUUACCAGUCCUUCCAGAUAACAAAGGAAGUCAAAAUUAAGAAAUUCACUAUCAGGAAAGUACUGUAGACAAAAUACUGAGGAUGUGACCCCAAAGUCCUCUCCUGAGACAUCAGAGAUCAGAAUAUUUUGUCACACCAUGUGACUCUGAGAGAUAAGGAGUAUGACUCAAAGAUCCCCUGGAUUACAGCGUGGCCUCUUGGAAAGGAGAGCAGUGUCCCUGAACUAUAUCGGCCCAAGCAGAAAUUGAGAAGGGAUUAUUUAAGUAAGAUCUCUGGGAGGAAUCCUUUCACAAUUUAUACAAGUAUCGAAUCAUCAGGUUGUGUACUUUAAAUAUCCUACAAUUUUACUGGUCAGCUAUACCUCAGUAAAGCUGAAAAAAUCUCUUGAUUAGUCUCUUGUCUAAUGAAGUUAAUUCCUCUGACAUACACACGAGACAGAAAGUUCUUCGAAUUUUUAUGACAGCAGAAAUAUUUCCAAUCUAAUCAUGAGACAAACAAAUUUCUAAUAGAGGGGCAUCCUACAAAAUAACUGACUAGUACUCCUCACAACUGUCAAGGUCAUCAAAAAUAAGGAAAGUCUGAAAAUGUUACAGCUAAGAGAUGUCUACAGAAGCAUGACAACUAAAUGUAACAUGGUAUCCUAAAUGGGAUUAUGUAAUAGAAAAAUUACAUUAGACAAAUACUGAGGAAACCUGACGAAAGUAUGGAUUUAAGUUAAUAAUAAAGUAUCAAUAUUAUUAAUUGUAACAAUUGUAUUAUAUUAAUGUAGGAUGUCAGCAAUAUGAGAAACCAGGUGUAGGGUAAUCAGGAACCCUGUGUAGUAUCUCCUUGUUUUCUAUAAAUGUAAAACUGUUUUUAAAAAGUCUAUUUAAAAUUAUAUAAGGAUAUAUAAAGAAGAAAUAUUACUAUCUUGAUAAAGUGGAUAUAAUUGUGUAUAUAGAAAAAAACUGUCUUGAUUACGUUUUUCACUUUUUUAUUGAGGUAAAAUUCACAUAACAUAAAAUUCACAAUAUUACAGUGUACAAUGCACUGAUUUUUAGUAUGUUCACAAUGUUCUUCAGCCAUCAUCACUACCUAAUUAAAUAAUGUUUUUGUCCCCCCAAAAAAGAAAUCCCAUACACAUUGAGCAGUCAUUCUAUUUCUAUUCUCCCUCUAUUUCUAUUUCUCCCUCUCCCCAGUCUCUGGAACUCAGUAAUACUUUUGGUCUUUAGAUUUGCCUAUUUUGGUUGGACAUUUCAUGUAAAUUGCAUCAUACAGUAUGUGGACUUUUGUAUCUCAUUUUAAGUUAGCAUAAUGUUUUUUUUAACUUUUUAAUGUUUUUUUUUUUUUUUUGAGAGAGAGAGAGAGAGAGAAAGAGAGCAGGAGUCAGAGAGGGGCAGAGAGAGAGAAGGAGACAAGGAAUCUGAAUGAAGCAGGCUCCAGGCUCUGAGCUGUCAGCACAGAGCCAGUCGCGGAGCUGGAACCCACCAACAGUGAGAUCAUGACCUGAGCUGAAGUUGGAAGCUCAACCGACUGAGUCACCCAGGCAUCCCAAGUUAGCAAUAAUGUUUUAAGGCUUAUCCGUGUUGUGGCACGCAACAGUACUUCAUUACUUUUUAAUGACUGGAUACUCUUCCAUUGUACAACUACACCACAUUUGUAACAUAAAUUUAUCAGUAGAUGGAUGUUUUGGUUGUUUCCACUUUGGGGCUAUUAUGAAAGAUGCUUUAUGAACAUCCAUGUACAUGUCUAUGUGUAGAUGUAUGUUUCUAGCUCUCUUGGUAUAUAUCUAGGAAUGGAAUUUCUGUGUGCUAUGAUAACUCAUUGAAGAGCUGUCAAAAUUCUCCCAACUGCUCUCUACAGAACCUGAGCCAUUUUACAUCCCAAUCACCAAUGUUUUAGGGUCCAAUACUUGUUGUUUUUCUUCAAAAAAUUAUAGCUAUCCUACUGGGUAUAAAUUGGCUUCCCAUUAUGAUUUUGAUUUGAAUUUCACUGAUGUUUAAUGAUGUUGAGCAUGUUUUCAUGGGCUGAUUGACCAUUAGUAUAUAUUGGAGAAAUGUCUAUUUAGAUCCUUUGCCCACCUUUUCAUUGGGUUCUUCAACUUUUGUAGAGUUGUAAGAAUUCUUUAUUCUGGAUAAUAAACACAUGUAUGAUUCAAAAAUACUUUGUCACACAAUGUGGGUUGUCUUUUCAUUUUCUUGAUUAUGU